CCCGUGCUGAUUAAGCUUCUUUAUUCUUCUCUCCAUUCUCCCCCUCUUUGCUCCAUCUCCAGCCAUUCCUCAUCUUCUCUUUCCAUAUCAUAUACCGCAGCCCCUCUCGCUCAUACUGUCUGCCGAGGUGAUUGGAUGAGGCAAAAUGCUUAGGCGCCAUGGCGGCCUUUGCGAACACCCACAUACCGAGCGACCUUCACAGAGUGCCUGAGUCUUCUGUCAGCCACUACUGCCCCAGUAGCUGCGAAACACCCAGCGCUCCUCGGGGUGUGUCGAUUCACCACAGACUUUUCGAUCUGCUGUCGCAUCUGCCCCAUGCAGCCAUCAAUUCGCGGCACCCCCUCCCCAGCAUUCACCAAAAAAUCACCUCGAGCACAAGCAAAAAACUCUCCAGGCCACCCCCAAAAGCACGGAGCCACAGCAGGGGACAAGAGCGAGCCACAGCGUCGCAAGACACGCACAGCACAGGGGCUCCACGCCUAAGACGGUCCAGAACAUCAGGCCUGCUGCUGCUAAGGGAAAAAGCGACCAAGAUCGGAAGCUUGGCCCCGCCACCAGUUGCGUCUCUAAUUAAUACACAACCGACCCAGCGCCUCCAUCACCAGGCGAUGGGGCCUCGAGGCAACAUCUUUGCUCACCCGUUUGGCCAUCAUACUUUUUCUUCUUUUCGCUUCGUGCCGUCGUUUUACCCAUUUUGCUAUCCCCGUCGUUCUUUCCCCCCUUCAUUCCACCCGGCGCGCCGCAAACCGACGAGGAGGGCGACUUACAAGCAUCACCAGCCUGGCAGUCCGAGAUUUUUGACAGCUUUGACGACUUCGAGAGCGCCUCCGUUCUUCUAGCAUCGUGCUUACAGCGGCAGAGAGCCCUGUGGUGGUGGAUGUAGACCGCAGCGACGGCCAGCUCGUUCGGCUUUGUUGCGCUUCAAUCUCCCCGUCUCGUCCCUUUCACCCUCAAAAGGAACGCCUUAUGUGGCACGCCUGUGCGCCCUAGUUAUCAGUAGUCU